UGUUGAGGGCCGUCCUGGGCGCCGCCAUGUUGGAGGCGGGCGGGGGCGGGGCUCCAGCUCUGCGCAGCCGCUGCGGGCCGGGCUUCCCCCGCCGCCCCCCCCCCCACGGUGGGGUGAGAGGUCAAAGGUCGCGGCGCGACGUCACCGCGGCCGCGCCGUGACCGGGGGGCGGGGGGGGCCGGUGCGGAGCGACGCGGACCCGCGGGGAAGGGACCCCGGCGUCCCCCCACCCGAGGGACCCUGGCGUCCGGCUGUGAGCGACCCCCAGCAUCCAUCCCCAAGAGACCCCGGCGUCCGGCUGUGAGCGACCCCCCGCGUCCGACUGUGAGUGACCCCCAGCAUCCAUCCCCAAGGGACCCCGGCGUCCGGCUGUGAGUGACCCCCAGCAUCCAUCCCCAAGGGACCCUGGCGUCCGGCUGUGAGCAACCCCCGGUGUCCGGCUGUGCGUGAGUGCAGCCUCCAACCACCGAGGGACCCCGGCGUCCAGCUGUGAGCAACCCCCAGCGUCCGGCUGUGAGUGACCCCCAGCAUCCAUCCCCAAGGGACUCUGGCGUCCGGCUGUGAGCAACCCCCGGUGUCCGGCUGUGCGUGACUGCAGCCCCCAACCACUGAGGGACCCCGGCGUCCGGCUGUGAGCAACCCCUGGCGUCCGGCUGUGCGUGACUCCAGCCUCCGACCUCUGAGGGACCCCAGCGUCCGGCUGUGAGCAACCCCCAGCGUCUGACUGUGAGUGACCCCCAGCAUCCAUCCCCAGGGGACCCCGGCGUCCGGCUGUGCGUGACUCCAGCCUCCGACCACCGAGGGACCCCGGCGUCCGGCUGUGAGCGACCCCCGGCCUCCAGCCCCCGAGGAACCCCGGCGCCUGCCCGUUCGCGACCCCCGGCGUCCGCCCCCGAGCCGGGGUGGGGGGGGGGGCCCGGGGGGGGGGCCAUGGGGGAGCGGGAGGGCUGGGCGGCGCUGGUGGCGGCGGCCGAGCGCUUCCGGGGGGCCUCGGGGGCCGACGUGGUGCUGCUGGCGGCCUGGGGGGCCCCGGGGGGCUUCGCCUACGCCCAGCACGGCGCCGGGCCCCUGGGCGACGCCGCCCGCCGCUACCUGCGCGACAUCGCCGCCGCCCACCGCGCCGCCGCCGCCGCCACCGCCCCCCCGGGGGGGGGCACGCCCCCCCGCCGCCCCCCCCGGCCCCCCCGCGCCCCCGGACCCCCGCCCGCCCCCCCCGGCCACCGCCGCCGCCGCCGCCGCCCCCCCGAGAGGCGGGCGCCCGGGCGGCCCCCGGCCCCCAGCGACGCCGGCGGGCUGUUCCUGAUGGACGAGGACUCGCCGGGCGCCGAGGACGAGCCCUUCCUCGACUCCGAGCCCGAGAGCCCCGACGAGGGCAGCAGCGGGCCGGAGGAGGCGGCGGGGGCGGCGGCGGGGGCCGGGGGGGGCGCGGGGGGGGGCGCGGGGGGGCCGCAGUACGCCCGCUCGCUGCCCGUCUCCGUGCCCGUGUGGGGCUUCCGGCCCGGCGGCCCCCCCGAGCCCCGCUCCUCCGACGAGGACGCCGGCAAGCGCCCCUCGCCCGACCUGGAGCGCAUCGCCGCCAGCAUGCGGGCGCUGGCCCUGCGCGGCUCCGACGGCACCGAGAUGUUCGGCGACCUGCCCCGGCCCCGGCUCCUGGCGGGGGACCCCCACGGCCUGGCCCCCCCCCAGUGACCCCCCCAGACCCCCCCGGGGGGGCCCCGAAACCCCGGGGGACCCCAAAAAACCCCGGGGGGAUGGGCAAAACCCCAGGGGACCCCCCCAAACUGCCCAGAGACCCCCCCCCCCCCGGCCUGGAGCAUCCCCCCAGGAGUCGCUGGGGGGGGGGUCAGGCCGGGGGCCCCCCAAAAGCCUCAGGGGUCCCCCAAAAUCUCAGGGGGUCCCCCAAAAUUUCGGGGGGGGUCAGGUUAUGGGGGGCCCCCAAAAAUCUCGGGGGGAGCCAAAAUCCCCCCCUGGGGGGGUCCCCGAAAUUCCCCCUGGGGGGCCCCAAAAUAUCCAGGGAGAGGGUCGGGUUGGGGGGGGGGGGCCACCCAAAACCCUCGGGGGGGUCCCCAAAACGCCCCCCCCAAUGGGGUGCUUAGCCUGGGGGGGGGCACCCCCACCCUUUUGGGGUCCCCCCCAAAAUGGGGGGAGCCCUGAAUCACCCCGGGGGGGCUAAAAUGGGGGUGGGGGGGCUGUGAUCCCCCCCCCAGAGCACCCCUAAAAGCCCCCUCCCAAUGUGGGGGGGGCCCAAAACCCUCUUGGGGGGGGCACCAAGCCCCAUGGGGGGCCCCCAAAGCUAAGGGGGGGCCCCCACCCCUCUAGGGCCCCCCCAAAUUAUAGCUGGGGGGUUCUGCCCCCCCCCAGCACCCAACACUACAGCUGGGGGGGCCCCAAAGUGUCUUAUGGGGGGGGGGCGCCCCCAAAUCUUGCACAAGGACGAAUUCCCCCCCCCGUCAGGGCCCCCCCCCUUUUUGGGGGGUGGGGGGACCCCACCCCGCCCCCCCCAACCUGCUGCGGGGCCCCGCCCCCCCCUUUUGUACCAGAUGCGCGGGGCGGGGCCUGGCGGCGAGGCCCCGCCCCCUUGUCUAUUUUUGUCCAAAGAGUGGGCGGUGCCUCCGCGGAGCCUCGCCCCGCCCCGCCGGCCCGCCUCGGCCAAUAAACGACUGACUUUUACCA